AUGGCUUGUUUAAAUAAUCUGAAACAGGAAAUACGGACAUUAGAGUCGAUAUUCUCGAAAAACCAUGAAAGGUUUCAGAUCAUCUCGGCCAGUGUUGAUGAAUUGAGUUGUAGGUUUAUAGGAAAGAACGGUAAAAAAUACACCAUCCAUGCGAAUAUCACGGAAACCUAUCCUGCUGUGCCACCAGUUUGGUUUGCAGAUUCAGAUGAGACUAGUAUAACAAAUGCUGUUCAAAUUUUAAGUAAUACUGAAGGUGUGGAGAAUCAUGUCCUUCACCAAGUGAUAAUUCUUCUCAGAGAACUGUGUCGUCUCCAUGCUGUACCAGAACCUCCAGAUUUAGAUAGGAUGCAAAUUUUAGACCCACAAACAACAAAUCGAAUAAGCAGAGGCGUCGUGGUGGGAGGCGGCGUCGGCGGCAGCGUGGCCGCCCUGCAGCAGCAGGAGGAGGAGGCGAUGAUGGAGGACGAGGGCCUCGACAGCGACAACGACGUCGUCGACAGCGAGGAGGAGGAGGAUGAGGACGACGACAGCGACGCCGACGAGGACCUCGCCAUGGAGAUGGAGGACAACAGGCCGAAGGCGGACGAAAUGGGCGUCGAGCAUCUGGCGACGUUGGAGAGGUUGAGACAGAACCAGCGGCAGGACUAUCUCAAGGGCUCCGUAUCCGGCUCCGUCCAGGCCACCGACCGGCUGAUGAAGGAGCUGCGCGACAUCUAUCGCUCCGACUCGUUCAAGAACAAGAUGUACCAGAUUGAGCUGGUCAACGACUCGCUCUACGAGUGGAACGUGCGACUGAUGUGCGUCGAUCCCGACAGCCCGCUCAGCCACGACCUGCAGGCGCUCAAAGAGAAAGAGGGCAAAGACGCCAUCCUGCUCAACAUGCUGUUCAAGGACACUUAUCCGUUCGAGCCGCCAUUUGUGCGCGUCGUGCAUCCCGUCAUAUCCGGCGGUUACGUGCUGGUCGGCGGCGCGAUCUGCAUGGAACUGCUGACGAAGCAAGGCUGGUCGAGCGCCUACACGGUGGAAGCGGUCAUCAUGCAGAUAUCGGCGACGCUGGUCAAGGGCAAGGCGCGCAUCCAGUUCGCCGCGCCGAAGGUGUGCGCCCAACAGGGCCAGUACAGCCUCGCGCGGGCGCAGCAGAGCUUCAAGUCCUUGGUGCAGAUACACGAGAAGAACGGAAUUUCGGCAAGUCAGAGGUCUGCUAUGAUAAGGGAAAUGUUGCAACGCCCAUUCAACAGAUGUUACAAAGGAAAUGAAACUAAAAAGCGAAUGGGAACACAGCAACCUAGUCGUGUACGAAUUUUAAUAGGAAAGAAUACAGUGAUAAGAAAACAAGACAACACUAUCAAGGAUCUGCAAGAGAAAGUUAAGAAACUAGAAGAGAAAGUGGAAUUCUGUAUGGAAAAAUUAUCGAGACUUGAUAUAUUGGAAACUGAAAUUGCAGUGAUUAAAGGAAUUGGUAAUGAUCCACCAGCUUGUCCGAAAUCUCCUCAGGUACAAACUGGAGCAAUAUCUAAAAGAGCAAGAGUGAUGAAAAAUUUAGAGCAGGUGGCAGGCCCAUCUACUUCGUCAAAUAAACCACAAACUUCGAAUGAUAUGACAAAUCUGGUGAAUGUGUUCCCAAAUUUGGAAAUCGACAAUUACUUUGAAGACGAUCAACACAAGAAUUCGGACAAAGGA